AUGCCGCCCGUCAGUGCUGAUGCCAUAGCCGACUGUGUUCUCACGGCCUUUCAGGCCUUACCGGCGAAGUACAAGCCGCGAAGCCUGCCCGAUGGCAGGAAAGAGUGGACGAUAUUGGCCGGAAUCGUGCUGAGUAGAGAGAAGCCGACACCAGCUCUAAAAUGUAUCUCUCUAGCUACAGGCAUGAAGUGCCUUCCUCGAUCGAAACUGGCAGAAGCGAAGGGCAAUGUAUUACAUGAUUGGCACGCUGAGAUUCUGGCUUUGAGAGGUUUCAAUAGGUGGCUUGUGGACGAGUGUGCCGAGAUGGCAAGACUGGGAAGGAAGGGCAGGCAUGAGUGGCUGAGAUGGAGACAUACGAGGUCCAGGUCGGAUGGGACGGGGGGAGAGAGGAGUGGCAGGCAUGAGGACGAGCUGCAGAGAGCUUUGGACGGCGUCCAACAUACAGACGAGCACGAGCCUGAGCACGAAAGUACCACUGGCCGCGAAGAAGACACUAUGGAUGACGCCCUUGAAGGCAGCCAGCCCUUUGCCCUCCACCCCGAGGUCAAGAUACACCUCUACAUCUCAUCUGCACCCUGUGGAGACGCUAGCAUGGAGCUGACCAUGUCUUCCCAAGAGGAUAGUACUCCCUGGGCUACUGCUCCACCCACAGAUAUACUAUCUGGAAGAGGAAACUUUGAUCUCCUGGGCGUUGUGAGAAGGAAGCCGUCAAGGCCAGAUGCUCCAGUGACAUGGAGUAAAAGCUGCUCCGAUAAGCUCGCGCUGAAGCAGUGUACGAGUCUGCUUAGCGGCGUCGUAUCAGCUGGUGAGAGUAUGGGCCUGAUGUGGCCAGGGGACUGCUAUCUAAGUACCCUUGUCCUGCCUGAAGAUGAGAUAGUACCAGAGGCUGUAGAGCGGUGCUUUGGACACGGUCCAACUGGCCGCUUGCGAACGCUUACAGGUAAGAGGUGGCAGGGCGGGUACACUUUUACUCCUUUCACCGUCCUGGGCACGGAUAAAGUCUUCGCGUACGCCAAACCAAUGACUCCACCUUCUGCCACUGGAGUCCAGCAGACAGCCAACGGAAGUAACAUUUCCGCGCUUUCCACUCCAACACGCACAGAGGUCCUCAUCAACGGUGUCCUCCAAGGCCGUAAACAGAAUGAUCUCAAAGGAGCGAGCUCCGUCAGCCGAAGAAGGAUGUGGGAGGUUGUUCGUGCUUUACAGGAGACUCUAGCUACGACUGCAGGUACGAUUGCACCUACGAUUACACCUACGAAUACAACCAAGAAUCCGGAACCUGCUGGCCAGCACACAAGCGAUGGGGCUCUGAAGGAGACGUACAAGUCAGUGCAAUUGAGCUCAGCCUUCGCACAUCGACGAGCUGUGAAAGAGGACGUCUGGUCUACGGCCUUACAGCGGUGGAACAGGAAUGAAGGUGAUGACGAGUGGAGAUUGUGA